AGUUGUCCAGCGAACGUCAAGCUAAGCUACCGUUUUAUUAUCGAUCGCAUAGCGUUACUUCUACGCACUAAUUGCAUAAUGCGGGCGAUGUUGUUAUGCCAGUUGGUGGCACUGCUGCUCGGCAGUAGUGUCCAGCUAGGUGCUGAGCUGCAGGCAUAUCAGACAUUGCGAGAGCGGGUUAUGAAAGCAGAGCUAACAGCCUCGUUGGGUGGCAAUCUGUGGCUAUCAUCGGACGAGGAGAAGGCCAACAGCAUACUGAUGAAUGCCAAGCGGGCGGAAAUUGCUGAGGGCGUGAAAAAUCCCGAAAAGUAUGCGCCGGCAAUGCAUUUCUUUCACGGCAGACAAUAUGCGCGACAGAGCGAAGUGUUUCGCAUCAUACAAAAGAUGCCCAAGGGCGCAUUUCUGCAUGGUCACAAUACAGCUAUGGUUAGCUCCAAAUGGAUAAUACAAAAUUUGACCACAACCAACAAUCUCUACACCUGUCGCGAUAUCAACGGCGUGCUUAUAUUCACCUACAAAGCUAACGAUACCAUGUGCCACAGUGAGGAGCAAAACGUGUGCACCGAACGCAUCAACGCCGAGGAUCGCAAUCAAUACGAACGCCAGCUGGAGAAGCACAUUAACUUGUACACAGCCAAGCCAGAGACCUUACUGGUUGAUAGAAAAAAGCUUUGGCAACGCUUCGAGAACAUAUUCACAACUGUGGAUCGCUUGUAUAAAUAUCAGCCAACAUACUGUCUGUAUCAUAAGCGGCUGCUGGAGGAGCUCUGCGAGGAUAACAUCAUAUAUGCAGAGAUAAGAGCCUCGCUCUCACCUCUCUAUGAUGAUCAUAAUCGCACAUAUUCUGCACUGGAUGUGGCCAAUGAGCUGGAACGCAUAACGGAGGAGUUCAAGGCCAAGCAUCAUGACUUUGUGGGACUCAAGCUUAUCUAUGCCAAGCGUAAUCAGGCCUCUGAGGCACAAAUGGCCGAGCGUCUUAAAACUUUUAAGCAACUGCACGCUGCCAAGCCUAAUUUUAUAAUAGGUUUCGAUAUGAUAGGCAAUGAGGAUUCGGGAGAUUCAAUAAGCAAAUUUUUAAAUGAAUUUUCCGAUAUGCCCAGCACAGCCAACUUUUUCUUCCAUGCUGGCGAAACAAAUUGGCAUGGUCGCUCUAGCUGGAAUAUGAUGGACGCCAUACUGUUGAACACAAAACGCAUUGGGCAUGCAUUUGCCUUGCCCAAGCAUCCGCAGUUGUGGUCCACAAUCAAGAAGCGUAACAUUGCCAUUGAGGUUAGUCCGCUGUCCAAUCAGGUUUUGGGCUAUUUGUGGGAUUUACGCAAUCACCCGGCCACAUUUAUGAUUGCCGAAAACUUUCCCAUUGUGAUAUCAGCCGAUGAUCCCGGCGUCUGGGGUGCCAAAGGUCUUAGCUAUGACUUUUAUUACGCUUUCAUGGCCAUGGCACCAGCCGAAGCGGACUUACGUUUCCUCAAGCAGCUGGCAUUAAACUCAAUCAAAUAUUCCGUGCUGACUGCGCAGGAGAGACGUAAAAUUAAUCGUGUAUUUCAAAAGAAAUGGAGAGAGUUUAUUGCCAAUAUGUUGAAUCCCAAGUUUAAUUAGAAAAACAGCUUACUUAUGUA